AUGUCCCAAGUCGUGGAGACAUCCAAGUCGAGCGCGAGCAUCAGCACGAUGCGACGUUCAGCGCGUCUGCAACAAAAGCCGUCUAUAGAAGAUACUCUGCGCGAUGAUGUCGAAUCGCCCGCACCGAAAAAAGUGAAGCGUGCUGCAACGCAUGAGGCUGAGCUACCACUGCUGUCUGAAGAUCAGGUGGCUCUAUGCACGACAUUGGCUCAGCCAAGGCUUUCCUUCUCGCUAGAAGAUGCGCGAGACCACCUGUGCAAGGUCGAUGCAAGGUUUUCGUCCCUCUUCGCUCAAAUGGAUCUGAAAGCGUAUAAGGACCUAGAAAGUAGUAAGGAGCUCAACUUAUUUCGCGUACUUACCACAUCCAUUCUGGGGCAGCAGAUAUCAUGGAUGGCUGCGCGUAGUAUUGUCUACAAAUUCUGCCGCUUAUUUUCACCGCAUUUACCAAAGGAUCCUGACAUGAACCAUGUAAAUCGAGACGAGCUCCCAUUCCCCACGCCACUCCAAUUACUACAAGCCACGGACGAGCAGCUUCGCUCAGCUGGACUCAGCAUGAGCAAAAUCAAAUAUGUUCGUGAUGUAGCACAAAGAUUCGGAGAUGGCCGCUUGGAUGUGCGCAGGAUAGUUCAUUUGGACCCAGAGACUUGCAUCCAAGAACUCACUGAGAUCAAAGGGGUGGGUCGUUGGACAGCUGAAAUGCUUCUUAUGUUUGCUUUACGGAGCCCAGACAUUUUACCCGUCGGCGAUUUGGGUGUACAACGCGGUAUUGUACGAUUCUAUCUAUCUAAUGCAGCAUCUCUGACUGUCUCAGAACGCAAGCGCAAAGCUGACUAUGCUUCACAGAAAAGGGAGGACCAACCAGGCCCUCUUCCACCAGGACCUAUAUCGCACGCAGAACUCAAGAAUCGCUCGAACGGAAACAAAACUAAAAAGAAAAUGUACCUAGACGAUCACGAGAUGGUGGCGCUCGCUGCUCCUUGGGCGCCGUACCGCUCGGUGGCAUGUAUGUUCAUGUGGUCCAUAGAAGAUCACUAA